CUUUACCUGCAGUACCGGAUCGUGGAGAGGAUGCGCUCACUGGGGAUGAUCACGGUGCUGCCAGCCUUCGCGGGCCAUGUGCCCCAGGGUGUUCUUCGGGUGUUCCCACGCGUGAAUGCCACUCGCCUUGGCGGCUGGAGCCACUUCGACUGCACCUACUCGUGUACCUACCUUCUGGACCCGGAGGACCCCAUGUUCCAGGUGAUUGGGACCUUCUUCUUGAAGGAGCUGAUCAAGGAGUUUGGCACAGACCACAUCUAUAGUGCCGACACCUUCAACGAGAUGACCCCCCUCUUCUCUGACCCUGCCUAUCUCUCAAGGGUCAGCAACGCCGUCUUCAGGUCGAUGACGGGAGCCGACCCCAAGGCACUGUGGCUGAUGCAGGGCUGGCUCUUCCAGCACCAGCCGGACUUCUGGCAGCCAGCGCAGGUGCGGGCCCUGCUGCGCGGUGUGCCCCUCGGCAGGAUGAUCGUUCUCGACCUCUUCGCCGAGUCCAAGCCCGUCUACCAGUGGACAGAGUCCUUUUAUGGGCAGCCCUUCAUCUGGUGCAUGCUGCACAACUUCGGGGGCAAUCAUGGCCUCUUCGGCACCGUGGAGGCCAUCAACCACGGCCCCUUUGCAGCUCGACGCUUCCCCAAUUCCACCAUGGUGGGCACCGGGCUGGUGCCUGAGGGCAUCGAGCAGAAUGACAUGGUGUACGAGCUGAUGAACGAGCUGGGCUGGCGCCAGGAGCCCCUCGACCUCCCCGCCUGGGUGACCCGCUACGCCGAGCGCCGCUACGGUGCCCCAAAUGCUGCUGCAGCCAGCGCCUGGCGGCGGCGCCUCCCCAGGUAUGACCUGCUGCCGGAGCUGGACAGCCUCCUCUCUAGCCACAGCCUCUUCCUGCUGGGCCGCUGGCUGGAGAGUGCCCGCGCCAUGGCCACCAGCGACCAGGAGGCUGAGCAGUACGAGCUGAACGCCCGGAACCAGGUGACGCUGUGGGGGCCCAGCGGGAACAUCCUGGACUAUGCCAACAAGCAGCUGGGGGGGCUGGUGCUGGACUACUACGGCGUGCGCUGGAGCCUCUUCGUCUCUGCCCUGGUAGAGAGCCUCAACUCGGGCAACCCCUUCCACCAGGACCAGUUCAACCAGCACGGCCACCUCAGCCGGCACUGCCUGCCCAUGGAGAAAACCACGGUGCUGAUCACAGGCUGCUCCUCGGGCAUUGGCCUGGGGCUGGCUGCGCGUCUGGCGGCCGACGCUGCUCGCAGGUUCAAAG